AUGGCUACCUCACCUAGCGGCCUGCGCGCUGGGCCUGGGCCUGGACCUGGACCCUUGGGGCGCUGGGUCCUAACCUACUGCGUGGUCCUGAUGUUGCUGCCUUCGCCGCCAAACUUAGUUUGUGGCAAGCCCUGGUGGCCAGAAAACAUGAAUGAGAUCCAACAUUGGCCCUGGGAGGUAAGCCUCCGGACAGAGAAUGAGCACGUGUGUGGAGGUUCCCUCAUUGAUUUCAGCUGGGUGGUGUCUGCUGCUCACUGCAUCCAAGGCUCCAAAGAAUACUCAGUGAUGCUUGGCACCACCAAGCUACAGCCCAAGAGCUCCACUGGGGCCCUGAUGAUUCCUGUGACUGACAUCAUUGUGCACCCCAAUUACUGGGGCGGGACUUUCAUCAGAAAUGAUGUCGCCCUUCUCCGUCUUCAAACUCCUGUUACUUUCAGCAAGUACGUGAAGCCCAUCUGUCUCCCAGAGCCCGGCUUCAACUUGAAGAUUGGGACUCAGUGCUGGGUGACUGGCUGGAGCCAGGCUAAACAGCGCUCCUUGGCCAACUGGACGCUGACCCCAGAGCUGCAGGAGGCUGAGGUGUUCAUCAUGGACAAUAAAAGGUGUGACCAGAUUUACCACAAGAAGUCCCUCUAUCCUCGAAUUGUGCCCCUUGUCCGGGAGAACAUGAUCUGUGCCACGAAUUAUGGAGAGAACUUGUGCUAUGGGGACUCUGGUGGUCCACUGUCUUGUGAAGUUGAAGGCAGAUGGAUUCUGGCUGGGGUGUUGUCAUGGGAGAAAGCCUGCAUCAAACCAUGGAAUCCAGGCGUGUACACUCGCCUCACCAAGUAUUCCAGAUGGAUCAAGAAGCAAGUGAACCAUGGGGCAUUGUCAGGGCCCUGCAGCUCCUACUGGCUCCUAUUCCUGACCUGGCUGCUGCAACUCCCAGUGGGCCAGUGACUUCUCCACCCUUUCCUCUUCUUGCUUUGCCUCUACUCAAUGGUACCAGAUGAAUGA